GACAUCUGAUCUGAGCCUUCUGUCAAUUCUGUCAUGUCAAUGUCAAAUCUUCAAAACAAAAGUCAAAAUUUAUCAUCGACAAAAAUCAAACAAAAACAAUUUUGUGGCGGGGCGAAUUAAUUUCUGUAGUUUUUUGCGCGGUUUUCUAUAAUUUUAUUUCAAGUUUUGCUUUAAUUUAUACGAUAACUAGUUUAGAUAACUAGAUGGCUUAUUAUUUCGUUCUCUGUAAAAAACCCGUCAUUUUCACCAAACUCUGCUAAAUUCCCAUUUUUUUGCACCUACUGAAUUACCUAUGUGUUCAUCGAUCAAUAUGGAUUACGACUAUCUAAUAAAACUGCUGUGUGUUGGGGAUUCAGGAGUUGGAAAAACGAGUUUCCUUUAUAAAUACACUGACGGAGUUUUCCAUACACAGUUCAUCUCUACUGUGGGGAUAGACUUUAGGGAGAAGACAGUGAUGUACCAGCAGAGUGGGCGGCAGCACCGCAUCCACCUUCAGCUGUGGGACACGGCCGGGCAGGAGAGGUUCCGCAGUUUGACUACAGCAUUCUACAGGGAUGCAAUGGGUUUCUUACUGCUCUUUGAUCUCACUAAUGAGGCCUCCUUCUUGGAAGUCAGAAACUGGAUUGAGCAAUUGAAGACCCACAGCCUGACAGACGACCCGGACAUAGUGCUCUGCGGGCACAAGUGCGACCUGCAGGAGAAGCGGCUCGUGAACCAGAACCGGGCCAGGGAGUUCGCCAAGAACUACAACCUUCAGUAUCUGGAGACCAGCGCCAAGACCGGACAGAACAUCGACCGGGCCAUAGAUCUGUUGCUUGACAAAGUCAUGUGCAGGAUGGAGACAUCAGUGGAGUACGCAAUGAUGUGCGCGACGGGGCGGCGGCGGCAGUCGCUGCAGAAACUUCAGGAUAGGAGAGAAGGGAACUCAUGCGCAUGUUAACUAUCACGGUAUGGAGAUCUUAGGGCCUACGCAGCUCUCAAGGUAUACUGCACGGGGUGCAAGACUCGCACGUUAAGACAUCAUAAAAGUUAUAUGUAGCGCUAGCCGCGUGAUGUUAGUGAGCGCGAUGCAAAACAUUUGUCACGUCUUGACAUACUCGUUUUGUGCCCUAUGCUAUUCCUACUGGGGGUGACAAAAAUUGUGUACCUACCUAAAUAGCCGGGUUGACAUGUUCUUCGAUACUAACGGUAAAACAAUGCUUCACAUAUAAACUUUGUUCACUUUGUUGGUCACGGAGAAUCUGUUGUUUGCGUUUCUCCA